CCCGCUGAACAGAGAUUCACGAAAACAUGGAAGCGGAUUUCGUUCCUUCAUUACAGAACUUGACACCCACCGCUGUAUUUUCUCCCUAAAACUGUUCCGUGGCUGCCGAUUUAACGAUUUCGUUGGAGAUAAACUUUAAAGUAUACGAUUACUUGCGUACGAGGGUGAUGUUGGAUAUUUACUUGAAAAUGUUUUGUCCAGUAAAGGGCCCCAUUCCAAUGUUUCUUCUAUAUCCAUAACGGGUUUGGAAAUAACCAGCACACAACCCCUUUUCAGGCACUGAAAAAAGCAUUUCAAGUUACAGCCGGUUAAAGCGAGCUUGAUAGAAGGGGGUGUGUAGAAAAUUGGCAGAUGUAAGUAAGCUGUACCCAUUGAAACUUUUCAUUGUUUUUCUCAAAGAAAAUUGUUGUUAACGCGACUUAUCACGGACUCUUUUUAAUCAACUUUACUUCUCUCCGUCUUCAUCCCACAUUACCACCGGCCUUUGACGUUGUUCCUGAGAACCAAUAGUCAGUAGAUCUUCUGGGUGUGCCAGUUUUACUGCAAAAAAUGUUACCCAAGACCCGUCUAGGGAAGCGUUCCCCACUAGGAGCGUUGAUGGGUACCUCCUGUCCCACCAUGGAGGGUCCUCUGGAGACAGGAGGUCACAGGGACCCCCCGGGGAUUGUGGGUAACCCAAUGGGACCACUGGGACCCCAGCAUCUCAACAGGUUCGGCAACAAACUGCACCCUGGUCAGAAGGUGUAUGUCCUGUGUGGUGGCCGGGAAUCCAUGGGGGUGGUGGAGCAGCACAAUCACGUGGAUAACGAGGUGUCCAUCCGGCUGCAGGCUCUGGGACAGCACGUCCUGAGGAAACUGGAGGACGUGUGGACCUCCCCCACCACACCUCCUCCGGCUGCCCACCCCCCCACCCAGGACCCUGGUCGACCCCAACGAGUCUCCUCCUGCAUCGACGUACCCAGGAGGAGUCCAGAGUCAGUGGAUAUGGAUGAGAUGAUGGCAGCCCUGGUCCUGACCAGCCUGUCCUGCAGCCCACAGGUUCAGAGUUCGUCUAAGACAGACGCAGUCUCAGGCUGUGCCGUGAUGGAGUCUGGGUGCGGGGAACUCUCAGACAGUGGCAGCAGUGGCUACUGGAGCUGUGACCGGGGCUACGGAAGCCCGGCUCCCUCUCCGCCAAUCCCAGAGACAGACAGUCACAGCCUGGCCACGCCCUCCGACGAGGGAUUGGACAUGGAGCUGGAGCAGGUUCUGUUUGAUGAGCAAGCGCCACGGAAACGCUGGAACUCUGUCAAGGUGUCCUACAGGUGUCUGUGGCCUAACUGUGGGAAGAUGUUGACGUCUGUAGUGGGAAUUAAACGCCACAUCCGCACACUGCAUCUCGGUCAAAGCAGCGAGCAUGAGCGCUGUUUCCGCAGCGAGGAGGACUUCUACUACACAAAGAUCCACCAGAGGGAGCCGCAGACCCUCACCCCGCCACCAGGGGUCCCCGCCUCCAGCACCACUGUCUCCUGGAUAGCUUGCACCUCCCCCACCAGGCCUUCUUCCUCUGGGGUUGAAAGCGGAGCCCCAGGGGCUGGAGCUGACGGGGACUCCGUCAAAGAAGUGAGCCCCCAACUCAGCAAGUCGGCCCCCUCCACCCCAGGCUUCAUCUGGCAGGUUCGCUCUGAGCACUCAUACCAGGCUCCUGCUCCAGUACAUCUGGUGGCUCCACCCCUUUCUGCAUCAUGCUGCUGGACCACACCCUCUUCCGCUCCGCAUCCAAGACAUUGCGCCCCAGUCCGAGUGAGGUCAGUCAGUGUUGGGGAACAGUGGCUGCAGCAGCACAGCGCCCCCAGCAGGCCACAGUCUGCCAGCACCUCUCCCCCACGCACCCUCUGGACCACCAGGAGGGUCCGUGGUGAGGCAAAGAAAUGUCGUAAGGUAUAUGGCAUCGAGCAUCGAGACCAGUGGUGCACCGCCUGUCGCUGGAAAAAAGCCUGCCAGCGCUUCCUGGACUGAACUCCUGGAAGAUGUGAGGGGUGAUGAGACCGCAGAGGAGCAGUUGCCAGUGAAGAGCUGGAGGUGAACUAGAGGAGCACCUGGUACACUGGUGUUUUUUUCUUUCCUUUUUGUACUUUUUUACAACUUUACUGAAAGUGCUUUUUUGUAUUUCUUUAAUGUCUGAGAACUUUUGGGUGCUUACGGUGAACUCUGCAGGGGGAGGGGGGCAGCUGAAUGACCUCUGACUGGUGACAUUUGACCUAUACCAGCUGCAUUAUCUCAGAUCUCAGGUCUCAUGUCUCCUGGACAGGGAGGGGCUAUACAGGAAGUUCUCUGUCUGUAACCUAUAACCAGCAGUUAUUUAGGGGGAAGUCAGUCUGUAGAUCUGACGCAAUCCAAACCUGGUUUGAAAACUGUGUACUGUUCACUUCUAAGGGUGGGCUUUAGACAUCCAGGUGCUGAACAGAAUAUCUGAUCUAUAAAUCCACUCCUCUUCCAAUCGCCUGCAACAGCCGAUCCCUAUAAUUCAGAGAUGAACUGGACCCACUCAUGCUUUGGUUUACAGUCAGUGUAUGCAGUGUAAAAUGAUGAGGAGGAGAGACUGACGUGAGAUGAGGAGAGAGCUAUUCCUAUGAGACAAAUGGAAAGCCUUACUAAAUAAACAGCCAUGCUCUAUAAAGGACCUAUGACGGAGAGAAGAGUUCCUGGCCUUGAGAAGAGGUCAGCUUGAUCUUAAUAUUUAAUGAGUAACGUGUACAAUCUUCAGUCCUAUGCAUUGAGCACUGAUUGGUUGAGAACACCCAUUGACCAAUAGGAUUAAAUCUAUACCAGGAAGUUGUUCCAAACAUUUUGAGAAUGGAACAGUUCUUGGAUGUGAAGUAUUCCCAACCUGUCUGAUGUUAUAAGCCAUUUAUUCUUCCAAAUUUUUAUGUAGCUUUAAAAAAAAUAUAAAAAAAUUGCUUUUUUUAAAGGAACAGAAAUGUUUUGUCAAUAUUGGCUAUGACAUUUGUAUUGUGUUUUUUGGUAUUAUUCAGCAAUGUUGUUUAUAUUUUGCUGAUUGUAAUUUUUCUAUGAUGAUAAAUACAAUGUUCUGCAUUUAGGAUGCUGAUUUCCAGUUCUCUGAGCAUGAUGCAAGAAUCUGUUAAAUGUUAUAGAUUCAGUGUCUCAUCCAUGUUGUUAGUGGCUACUGUAGCUGUCUUUUCUUUUAUGCCUCAGUCUUCUUAGUUGCACCAAAACUGAUCUAGAACAACCAUAUAACUUUGGCUCCACUAACUGAUAUUUCAGAGCACUGCAGUUAAAAUCCCAUGACAGAAGAGGACAAAGAUGUAUUGGGUCCCUUUUAACAUGGAGGUUAUUGGCAGCUUUUGUCUUAUAUACAUAACAAAUAUCAUUUGUUUAGUCAUAUAUAAAAAAAUACUCUUUUGCCAUAAAAGGCAUUUUUAUAAACAUUUUGCUGUACAUUUGGCAUAUACCUAAAUAUCCAAUACAGUUGGACCAGUCUCAAUGUACCAUGUGUUGCCAACAGAAAUAAGUCCAAUAUGGUGCCAGCGUUAGUGAGACUUUGUUCAUGACCAAGGGUUUAUCUCAAUGCGCUGCUCAAGGGAACUGUGACCCUGAACUAAACUCUAGUCUCUAUGCUACUCAUUGUUACUGAAACAUGCAUACAUCUCUAUGUUGGUACAACAUUUCAGGUGUACAUCAUUAAGAAAAAAUAUGCUUUAUCUGUUAAUACCCAAAAUAGUGUUUUCACUAUUGUUUAUUGAAACUAAUGUUUUUAGCAGUAAGCCAAUGAAUCAACAGAAGCAAAAAAUUAUUGUAUUUAUAUUGUGCUUUAUGUACUCUGAGAAAAAACUGUUCAAUAAAGUAAAUACAUUUU